AAAGCAGUUUGUAGUCGGGAACGUGUCAAGUUUUCUUACAAGUGAUUUUGCGGAUAAAGAGCGAAGCCAGCACCGAGAAUUUCCAGCUUUAUUCUUUUCGCAGUUCAUGGUGAUGAUCCUUCAGCUUCAACGGCUGAAUGGGUUGGCGAGAUACCCAUCAAUGGCGCCUCAGAUUCCGAAAAAUAGGGAGAAAGCUCCCAGGAUAGUUUGCUUGCAAACACAAACAGCUCCCUCAAGAACCCAGAGGAUAAUGGAGAGCAUUUCAAUGAGUGAAGAAGCUGGAGGUGCUGGUGGGGCAUACUCAUACAAUGCCUUGAAGAGACUGGAUCGAAUUUGGUCUAAUAUGUGUUCUCCAACAGCUAUGCAAGAGACCCAACAAGUAGUUUCCACUGUUCCUGGCUUGUUUAGCAAGUCUAAUAUGGCAGACAAAGCAGUGGGAACGUUUGAUGUGGUAGUUUGUGGAGGUACUCUGGGAAUCUUCAUUGCCACAGCCUUGAGUGCCAAAGGUCUUCGAGUCAGCAUUGUUGAGAGAAAUGCACUGAAAGGGAGGGAACAAGAGUGGAACAUCUCAAGGAAGGAGCUCUUAGAGCUUGUAGAAAUUGGCAUCUUAGUUGAAGAUGACAUUGAAGAAGCUACUGCUGUGAAAUUUAAUCCUAAUAGAUGUGGAUUUGAGAACAAGGGCGAGAUUUGGGUUGAAGACAUUCUUAAUCUCGGGGUUUCGCCAGCAAAGCUUAUAGAGAUUAUGAAGAGACGUUUUCUUUCCCUUGGUGGAGUCAUCUUUGAUGGUUGCAGUCUAUCCAAUAUUUGUAUAUAUGAGGAUGCUGCAGUCCUACAACUUGUUGAUGGGGGCUUGGUUUCUUCCCGUUUAGUCAUUGAUGCAAUGGGGAACUUUUCCCCUGUUAUGAAACAGAUAAGACAUGGAAGGAAGCCAGAUGGGGUAUGUCUUGUUGUUGGAUCUUGUGCUCGUGGAUUUAAGCGGAACUCUACUAGUGAUGUCAUAUACAGUAGUUCAUCAGUGAAGAAGUUUGGAAGGUCAGAAGCACAAUACUUUUGGGAGGCAUUUCCAGCUGGUUCUGGUCCAUCAGAUCGAACUACUUAUAUGUUCACAUACAUUGAUCCUCAACCAGAAUCACCAAGACUAGAAGAAUUAUUGGAAGAGUAUUGGAAUCUGAUGCCUGAAUAUCAGGGAGUCACUCUUGACAGUCUGGAGAUUCUUAGAGUUGUAUAUGGUAUUUUUCCUACCUAUCGUGACAGUCCAUUGCCAGCAGCAUUUGAUCGUGUUUUACAGUUUGGUGAUGCCAGUGGCAUUCAAUCACCUGUUUCAUUUGGUGGCUUCGGGAGCUUGACUAGGCACCUUGCUAGACUAUCAGCUGGAAUAUACGAAGCAAUCAGUGGAGACUUCCUUGACUCGUACAGCUUAUCCUUGCUGAACCCAUACAUGCCCAACUUGAGUGCUUCAUGGCUAUUUCAAAGAGCAAUGUCAGCAAAAAAAGAAUCCAACGUUUCGCCAGAUUUUAUUAAUGAGCUUCUUCAUGCCAACUUCCAGAGUAUGCAGCGUUUAGGGGAUCCAGUUCUAAAACCAUUUCUUCAGGAUGUCAUCAAGUUUGGGCCGCUUACGAAGACAUUAGGCCUUGUCAUGCUAACCAAACCACAAAUACUUCCUUCAAUAUUCAAGCAGGUUGGUAUUCCUGUUCUUCUUGACUGGUCUGGACACUUUUUCAUGCUGGGUUACUAUACGUUUCUCUCAACCUUCAUGGAUCCUGUAAUAAGGCCAUUGUUAAACGUAUUCCCAUCAAAGAUGAAGUAUGAAUGGAAGCGUCACCUUGAGGCUUGGAAAUAUGGAUCUGGUUUGGAUUACAAGUUAUGAUGUGUUAUCUGCAGAAAAUUGAUGGUGUGCAUGUAUGAAGGAAAUGGAAUGGUAUUCAAUUCUUGUUUACCUUUCAAUAUUAUCUACCUCUGAUUUCUAUGGCCGGAUCUUAAACGUGCGUAGACAUUUAGCAUUGUGCCAUAUGUAAGCCUGUAUGUAGAUGUUCUUUUGGUAAUACAAAUGCAUUUUCACGAUCA